AUGGACGUGGACAAAGUAUUCCACAUGACUGUAGGAGUUGGAGAAACUAGCUAUGCCAGAAACUCUUCACUUCAGGUCCCUCUCUCUGAUAUGGUGAAGCACAUAACCUUACAGACCAUUCAAGAAGUCUAUCUCACAACAGCUCUAAAUGACUCGAGCAUAGCUAACUUGGGUUGUUCCUCCGGACUGAACACACUAUCUAUCAUACGAGAAAUGGUGGAAGCUAUCGAAGCCACAAGUCAAAAACUUCUGCAACCGGCACCAGAGUAUCGGGUGUACCUAAAUGAUCUUCCGGCUAACGACUUCAACGCAAUCUUCAAGGCGUUAGCGGAUUUUAUUAGGGAGCUCAGGGAAGGGGGAGAUGAUGGGGGUCCAUGUAUUUACGUAGCUGGUCAUCCCGGCACCUUUUAUGGAAGACUGUUUCCAAACAAUAGCUUGCACUUCAUCCAUUCCUCCUAUAGUUUGCACUGGCUCUCUAAGGUUCCUCCCGCACUUUAUGAUAACAAAGGCAAGUCGAUAAACAAAGGCAACGUUUACAUAUCUGAAUCAAGUCCUCCUCAGGUGGGUGAAGCGUACUUCAGGCAAUUUCAAGAGGACUUCUCAAUGUUCCUCCGAUCACGAUCCAAGGAGCUGAUCAGUGGAGGAAAGAUGGUGCCGAUCUUGUUGGGACGGUUGGAUUCAAAUCAUGUUGACCGAGGCAAUGCGUUCUUUUGGGAACUUCUCUCUCAAUCCUUCGCCAAUUUGGUUUCUCAGGGAGAAAUUGAGAGGGAAAAGCUUCAUUCUUAUGAUGUUCAUUUUUUCGCACCAUGCAAGGAUGAACUAGAAGAUGAAGUAAAGAGAGAGGGUUCUUUUGAAAUGGAUCAGCUUGAAAUGUUCGAAUACGAGAAGGAUGUUGGGGACAGUAUGAGCUAUGGAAUGGCAGUUGCAAUGACAGUGAGGGCAAUCCAAGAAUCAAUGAUUUGCCACCAUUUUGGACAAGGAAUUGUUGACAGCUUGUUCAAGAUCUAUGGAAGAUUAGUGGAUGAAGAGAUGGCUAAAGAAGAGAUAAGGCCCAUUACUUUUGUCAAUGUUCUUAGAAAAUUAUGACUAUAUAUAAACAUGAAAAAUUACUAAGAAUUGGUACUUUGUUAACCGAUAAAAAUUCUAUCUUUUUUUAAUAAAAAAAAAAAAAAAAAAGAUUGGGUGUUCGAGCUUCAGUGGAGACAUAAACAUAAUAUAUAUAUGUAUAUAUGUAAUUGCAAAUUUGUGUAAGGAUUGUGGAGAAAUCAUUUUUGCUCUAACCCGUGUACACUGUUUGCUUUGGCAAGCCAUGCGAUCAAAGAAAAUCCUGACCUCUAAGCACCCCUUAAUUACAA